UUGUGGUAUGGUCUAAGCAAUCAGGUGUUGUUAUCGAUGUGUCGAUUUUUCUGUCGUAUUGAAAGUUUAUGAUUUUCCGCAAAUGCAACACUUUCGUGAUUUAUGGGAACAGUGUCGUUUUGUUGGAUACAACUCGGAACCGUGUACAGAAAUAAGAAUUGCAAAUAAAAUGUUAAUUUAAUUGAGCGUGUUGUGUAGCCGGCAAAGAUAUUUUUUUUUUGAUAAAAUUAUUUUAAACUAAGCCAAUCAUUUCCAGUGUUUGCCGCUGUGUAUAUUGUGUCUGUGUAGUAAACUUUUUGUAUACGAAAAUGUAACAAUAAAUUGGCGGGUUGGCAUACUCUACUCUUUUAUUAAUAUACAUAGCGCGCGGUCAGACAAAAAAACCGGCAUUAUACCUCAGCAAGGAUACAAAUUAAAGAAUUGUUUAGCCUCGUUGCGGUGCGUAUAAAUAAUGUGUCUAACUCGGCUUAUUAUACUCACCCAGUCACCAUAAUUUUCAUGCAAUUACGUGUGUGUUUAUAACCAUUUUUCCUACCGAACGGAAAUUCUUUGUUUUGGAUUUAUAAAAUUAAAUUCAAAUUUAUGGUGCAGAAGAAAGUGAAGAAGCGAUGUGAUGUUAAUUUAUGAUGGAAAUAAUAAAUAAGUCGGAAUUCGAAGAAUUUGAAUGAGUUCUGAAACGGAUCGCGAGUGAUAGCAGGAAGGAGGAAGAAGAAAAAGUGAAUUUAACCGUGUGUACAGGCAUAAAUCGUUUACAUGACAAUUUAUGUUAACGACAUGAUGGGAAAUACUAGUCAAUGUGGAUGAAAAGAGAGAAAGAGGAUAUACAAUAUUGAAAUUGGAGAUUCGGGCGAUAAUUUGGUGAUUAGAACUUAAGCCGACACUUUUAUGAAUGGAUUAUUUUGGAUAAUUUUACACUUUUUAUAAGAUUCAUCAUCAAUCAUGUCAGAAUCACUGCCAAUCACAACAGCACCCAAGCGUCGUAUGGACCACCAUCCGUUUGUAUUCAGCCAUUUAUCAGAAUCAUGCAAAAAUACACCGAAUCUAACCAGAAAACUCGAACCAUAUCAUCAUGCACUGUUGGAAAGUGGCUGUCAAAGUGCUAAAUCAUCGCCACUGCCUCAUCGUCGCUUAGAUAAACUCGAAGGAGUUAUUCGCGAUAAACCAUCACCAAUUGCUCUAAGAAAAACUGCAGACGUUGAUGAUAAUGUCGGUAGUUCAGCAGAAUCAUCGCCAAGUGUUUUUCGUAAGUUUAACAACGGUUUUACACCGUGCAAUGUAAGUGAAUCGUCUCCGACACCAUGUAGACGUCAUGAAUUAUCGUAUAAUAACGGUCGUCGGAAUACAGACUGUGGUUGUGCCAAUUCGAACGUAGAAAACAGUACACCGAUGAUGCGACGGCGAGUCGAUUCGGAUUGUACGUGUACGAGGAAAAUUACGCUCGCCAAACAGUUAUCGAAUGCGGAAACUAUGUCCAAGUCUGAGUGCAUGUGUUCGCCGUUGAUGCAAAAGAAAUUCGGAUCGCCGGCGAAAAGUGUUUUAGGCGAACCGGGCUGUUUCAGUUCGCCCAUUCAUCGGGCCGGCGAGCACGGCUCUAGUUUUACGAAUUUCGGUAGUCCGGCUAAGAGUUUAUUGGGCGAACCGGGUGUGUUUGCGUCGCCGGCUCGUAGUCUUUGCAUAAGUCCGUGUGAUGAGAAUUUGGACGCUGAGGUUAUUCAACAGCCCGAUCAGACUGUUAUUUCCGGAUGGUUGAAAUUUCGAGACAACAAAAGGUGGAAAAUUCGUUGGGGAGUCGUGACGAAACUAUCUCCAGCAGCAGACUGCCUCCACCUUCAAUUGUACAGAGAUUCAAAGGAUCGAUAUAAACAGGGUCAAACAAAAGCCUCGCUUUCACUACAGCAUUUUCUUGGUGUUGAAUCUGGAUUUACAUUGGACAAGGAGUCAAACACAAUUGCAAUCAUAUGUCAAGAUGUAAUCGUCGUGCUGGCUUUUGAUACAAGGGAACGACUUAUACAGUGGCAGGUCAAAAUAUCAAAUAAUCUCGGAGAUGAUAUACAGUAUUUGGUGCUUGUGUCAACUGCUCCGUCGAAAGCUAAAUUAUCCACUGGUCCGGCUCGGAUGCACGUGCAGGAUAAUCGAUUCUGUUUGACAACUGGGGUGCCACCGAAAUUGGCAGGUCUUUGGGAUAUCGGUUAUUUGAGGCGUUAUGGAGUGGUUGAAGGUCGCUUUUGCUUCGAGGGUGGUUCGAGAUGCGGCAAAGGUGAAGGUUUAUACGUAUUCGUGACCGACCAAGGCGAAGAAAUCACGCAUACGCUAAAACUGGCAUCACAAGGUAAACUAGCAACAAAGAGACGUGCCGUAGCCAGAAAACUAUCUGCGAUCGAUAGUCCACGGAAACAAAUCUCUCCUCGGCCGCCAGACAUAAUACCGGAAGACGGUUGCCUAGGUCACAUUGAAAAUUCGACGCAUGCUUGCAUAUGCAGCAUCAAUCGUACAUCGUAUUGGCCUUCGCAGGAAUCACGAGACUUAGACAGUAACUAUGGUUGUGGUGAUACAGUGUCUGUAUCAGAAGGGAAUGAUAGUUUCAACGAUGUCGAUCAUUUCCCACGGAAUCCCAUGUCGAAUAUGGAACGUUGUAUGAGUUGCAUAUCAAAACUUGGUGCUCCAUCUAUGUCCCGAAGCUCAACCGCAACCGGUGCGGGAACGCCAGCUUCAGGCCAGCCGCCGAAUUGGUCACUGAUCACCGAGCAAAGCUUUCCGAAUCAUUCAAAUCAUUGUCCACCGGCUCAAGUCCAUUUAGGAGUUAAAAUCGUUCAAGGACUGGACCGGAUGUCAGUCUGUUCGUCACACGGCAGCUUUGGCAGCAGUGGUUCGGAAUAUUCGGUGCCUCGUCACACAAGCAAUUCCAAUAAAAAUAAUGAAUCGUGGUACGAACAUGUACCGAGUACACAGCGCUGCCAAAAUCACCGAGCUUCCUCCCCGUGCCAGUGCUGUCCGCCUCGUCCACCUAAACCGAAAACUGCAAAGCCAGCAAUGCCUUUACCGAUAACAACACCACUAAAUUCGUCAACACCGAAUCCAGCGCACGUAGGACCGUACGAAAACUACGACAUCCCGAAGACACCAGUCCAGAUAGAGAAUGGCUUUGUGAUGGAGAACUAUGACACACCGAAGAAAAUACAAGAGUACCUGACAAAGGACAUGAAUAGCAACUCGUCAACGGUUGAUUCGAAUAGGUACGCAAAUUAUGAUGUUCCGGCGAGCAUUGGGAACAUGUGUGGCUGUUUAUUGACUACGAACGACAAACCGGCAAGUGAUACUGGACCACGAGUCGACUGUGCUUGCAACAGAGUAAUGUCAUGGGCGGACAAUUGGAUUUCGUUGCCGUAUUGUCGACGUGGGAAUGGAAUUGAGAACACUGGCGUGCCAAUCAAUAAAGUGAAACUGAGUGGAGAGGGCAAAAUGCCUGUGGUUCAGCCGAGUGGUGAAUUGGCAAUCUAUGCGACGGUGGAUAUGACGAAGAAAAUUAAUCGAAGACUUUUAGAGGAAUGUGAAUGUCCGCAUGAGGAUGAUGAGGAUGAAGGAGCAAAGACUGCCAACUACAUGAAUAUCGACGCGGAAAAAUUGCUUGCUGCGGAAAAGCCGAAAACGGAAGACGGAGAAGCCAGUGAUGCAAAUUAUACGAACUUAGAGUUUGCAUUGUCGCUGGAAAACUAUGAAAACGCCAAAGAAGUGCUGAGGAAGGCGGGCUUUUCCGUUGGUGAGUUGGAAGAAACUCUUCUUCAAUGCAUGCCCAGAGCAAAGCUUUGUAAUAAAUGUGGCCAUGUGAGCAGAAGGAAGCUGGCUAAGAGUGAAGAGGGCGGUGAUAGAAAUGAUCAACUGAAUCAAGUGAUAACAAACGAUAAGCCUGAAAAUUAUAUGUUAAUGGAGCCGAAUCAAAAGAGUCGAAAAAACUUUCCCGGUUACUUACCCAUGUCUCCUGCAACUCCAGUCGUAACACAACCUGCACCACCUUUGCCAUCUAAAGAAUUGAUCAAACGAAUUAUCGGUGAAAAGUCGGCAAGCAAUCCGUCGUUGUCGGGUCCUGCUGUAGAUCGAAGUCGAAAACGUUCUGAGCAGGAGGCUAGAAUUCCGGGCAGUGCAAUGAUGUCAAUGCACAAAACAGGUGGAAGUCCUUAUAUGCGUAAGCUUCUUAUGGAUAACAGUGAUCUAUUGCCAGUGGAUAAACGACUGAAUGCAAGGAAACGGUCGUCAUCAGCAGAUUCGUCGAGAUUCCUGGAGGAUCCAGAUGAAUUCGAAAGUUCGGAAACGUUGCGAAAAUCCUCGCUCAGCCACAUUGAAGGCAGACGCUCUUCGUCACCAUGCAUUCACCAAGAGACUGAACAAUGUCCAGACAAUAAUUGUUGCACAAAGCCAGAAGCAUCCACUGAAACAGAAGAUGACACUUCACUGUCGACAACCAAUCCCAGCCAAAACUCUCAAUCCCAAUCUGUGUAUAUUAGACGGUCAGCGAGUGUUCCAUGCAAAACACAGAAUCGUGAUUCAUCAAGCUCUAACGAUUCCGGAGUAUCAACCGGAUCAAUGCGAAACCGAACCGGUGAAUUCACCGAAUUCGAAUUGCCACUGACCACAUCCAUGUCGGCAAGACGACAUCAACGAAACAUGCAACCAGCCGUCACGUGUGUCCAUUCGUCGCUGCCUCGCCGAUCAAAAUCGUUUGAUCCGCUCAGGGAGAUCACCUUCCAAUUCCAAAGAAUUAAGAUACCAGAGAAGAGCACAUCCGCCGAAGCCGAAAUACCAAUUUGUCAACCAAAGAGCAAGGGAUACGCAAGUCCGAACGAACACGUGUCCAUAAACGGUCAACCAUACAUUGACUCGCGAAGCACCAGUAGCGGAACAUCCGAUAUGUCAGAUUACAUUGAAACACUGUCACUGUCCAGUCACAGUUCAUCUGACGCUCCUGAAGGAAUGAGAUUGGUCCGACAAGCAACGUCAACAUUACGACCUCGUUCUGGUAAAGAAUAUCAGAACAUUGACCGGUCCAUUAUAUCAUUGACACAGUCAAAUGAUGGAAGAAGUCACUCAUCGACACCGUCUCAACUGAGAGGUUUACUGUCGUGCUCUGCAAAUUAUGCCAAUAUAACUCCAGUUCCAGAAAAUGCCGAAUCGCCUAGUCCUGGCUACCAAAGUGGAGGCUCACCACAAGAUCCUCAAGCAGAAUCAUUUAUGUUUAAGAACUAGUCGCCCGAAUAAAAAGCAAUAUACAUUAACAGAGAAAAUGGUACAGGUAAAUAAAUUGAAAAAAACGAGAACAGACAUACAAACAAAAAAAUUAUUAUUAUGAUGACGAUGAUGAUGAUGAUUAUUAUGUGUGUGUUAUUGUAAAAUUAAAAAAUUAAAUUGAAAAUAACAUGGGAAAAAGUUUGUAUUUAUAGAGAACUUUUUUUUCCCGUUCCUACUACUUGUAACAGAGAAUUGUAUUCGUCGAAUAUGAGCGAGAGGAGCCAGAUGAAUGUUUUUUUAUUUAGAGAAAACAUUACACGCAAAAAAAUAACGAAAAGAAAUUACAUAAACACAGAAGAUGAACAUAAAAAAAAUAUAUUUUUUAAUGUAAUAGAAAAUGAAGGGUAAUAAAACAUACAUUUUCAAGCACAACGAUAUCCAUCCCCUUAAUGAAAAAUAAAAAGAAUUAAAAUUAAAAGAAUGAAAUGGGAAAUAAGUAAAAUAUUAAAACAAAUGGGAGAAUAAAAAACAAAAAAAAAAUUAUUUUGUAAAUAGUUAAAUGAAAUGCGUAGGUACUUCACAUAUUUGUAAUUAAAAAUCGUUUCGAUGUGAGAGAGGUAAAAAAUAUUAAUUGGAAAAAAGCGCGAUGAAAAAUGGUGAGGUAAUUUAUCGUAAUUAAAUUGUAUAUAAAUCAACAACAACAACAGAAAAAAUUCUAUAAAGUGAAAAAUAGUCUAUUGAUUUAAUUGGGAAAAUUAAAAAUUAUAUAGCGUGUAAUCAAUAGCUUGAAAAUCAAAUUAAAUUACACUUAUAAACAUCAAUAUGAAAACAGAAUUUAUAGUGUACAUACUACAUAAAAAUACAAUAUAAAUAUAGAACAAAACUGAAAACCAAAAAAACAUGGAAAAAUGGAAAUUUAAUUGAAAAAAUUUAUCAACCGAAAAAUAUGCCAAAAUAUUUUAUUGGACAAAUCAAAGAGCUUAAACACACCGAUAGAAGGAGUAUAUCGAACCAAAAAUCAAUAUCAAUACCUUGACAGCGGCCGAGAUAUAUCGAUAAAUAUGGCUAAUUCCAGCAGCUAUCCAUACAUUACUUCUUUUUUAUAAAAUUCACAAGAAUUUCAUCGGAAUUCUUUUGAUGUUCUGUUGCAUUACAUUGAUGUUUUUAAAAUUCUGAGAAGUAGUUUGGACAGCUGCUGGAAUUAGCCAUAUACAGAGGAUGCACGGUCUAUUUUUAAGAAUUUUUCCUACAUUUUUUUUACAAAAGUUCCUAAAAAUUCUUAAAUUUAGGAACUUUCAAGAAUUUUAUGGAUUUUUUAGGAAUUAAAUUCUUAAAAAAAGCUCCGCCAGUCUGUUUUUGGCAAACUAAGUUGACUAAAUUUUUAAAAAUUUCAGAACAUUUGCGCUUUUUACAAGUGCAUGCAGGCAGCCUAUGACAGUCUAAACAUACCUGUAUAUAUAUAUACCGACUUAUCUCGCCCACUGUCAAUACUGUCUCGAUGCAACGCACUUCAGAAGUGGUACUCUAAAUAGAGUACUUAAACAUAACAUCGACAGUGUAUCAUACACCUUUUGACACUGUAAAAAAUCAAACAAAAUAGCCCUCUAUUUGCAGUGCGUUGCUCGAGAUGUUGAUCUUGCAUUUUUUUGUUUUGUUAUCCUCUGUCUAUUGGUGCAUUAAAGUUCUUUGGGACAAGUCGAAAGGAUCUGCAUGGAACAGUAGGAAAACAAAAAUGUAAAUGAAUAAUGGUUAUGUUUGGUUGGGUCGUGGCGUCAGUCGCUUUAUUCGCUAUUGACAUUUUCGACUUUCUCAUAUUUUCUUUCGCUCAGGCAAAAUCUUCUUCAAGAAUUUGUUUUUCUCUGACUGCCGUAAACGGUGAUAACAGCAGGUGUCAAGUGGCUCUAGGGCACAGAUUUUUUCAAAAAAUUUAAAUUUGAUUAUAAAGUACACCCGAAAUCGACCCAAAUUUGUCAGCCGCCUAGAAAGUGCCUGAGGUCAUUUGUAACCGCGAUAAACGAAUGUAUGUGUGAGUACAUGCGUCAAGGCCGAAAAUUGGCCAAAAUUUUCUGAAAAUAUAUUCUCACCUAGCCUUGAAGUGCCGCAAUGUUUAUCUAAGCUCCUACUUCUAUGCUCUAGUUUUGUAAAUAAAACUAAGGUUUCAUAUACGAUCUGUGUGAGGCAGACGGAAGGGUGAUGAACGCAAAAGUUCUGGCAGCUAAAAUGUUGUACGAUAAAAUGGCCAUAGAUUCUAAAUAAUCCCUGCUAGAAACGGCAAACGCAUGAUAAUGUUAGAAUGAAAUCUGUUACUUCAUUUGUUGAAUGUAUCGUUUAAUGUUCGAUACAAACUCUUUUACUUCAUUAGUUUCGACAAAUAUUUUCGUACAUACAGCUUCAUUAAAUGGAGUUCAUUGCUCAUUUUUGUCAUUUCUGUCCACAGUCGAGUCGAUAACAGAUGCCGUUGUGAAUGAAAGCGUAACUUGUAACGACCGAACGUUCAUUUAGUUCUGAAGUUAAUUUUUUUGUUUAUUGAAGUUAAUCUUCAAAGGUUACAUCAAAAAUUCUUUACUAUUCCAAUGAUCCGUCAGACAAAAAGUUUUCAUUUUUAGUUUUUCAUUUAUUUGUUAACGUAUCUACAGUGUAACGAGCGGUUUCGGAAAUGAAUUUAAAUAACUUUUUUCCUUCGAUUUCAUUAGGAAACAACCAGACAUUUUUACCAUAUAAUAAAGAAGAAGAAAAAACAAACGAAAAAUUUCAUAUUUGUAAUGGAUAAUAUUCAUAAAAGACUAUUGCGCUUCAGGAACACUUUUAAAACCAUUUUUGAAUAAUUUUUUCUUUUCCUAUCUACCUACCAACAAAUUUCACUACUUUAUGCACUCAUGAUUACAAUAGAAUAGAGAGAAGAAAAAAAAAACGGAUGGACGGAAUCGAGAGUCUUACAAAUUCUACUAGACUGAAACUCAUUUUUUUUUUCCUUUUACAUUUUAUGGCAUUGUGUAGAUUAAGGCAAUCGUCUUUGUUUUAUAUUCAUUUUCUACAUUCAUAAGAACAGUUAACAAAAGUUUAACGAAAGGAAGGAAUAUUUAACAUUAACUAAACAUUUAUUUAAACCGUACUUCAUCUUGAGCACCUCCGCUACCAACAAUUCCUAUAACUUUCUGGAAGAAGUACAGAGAAACAUAACUUUGUCAUAUAUAUAGUUUUCAACGGGCUCUGGCAAUGGGGUUUUCGCAUCGGUUACUUUCAGCGAACAAGUUCAUUUUACGGUGCAAACUUUACUCGGAAAUUUUUUAAGUCAACAUUUGAAGUAGCUGAGAGCAUCUCGAAGUGAAUUUAUAUUAUUUUCCCCAGCCAAUAAGUGUCGAGCAUUGCGAAAAGAUUCUGUUCUUAUAUCCUUGACAACCACAUCAUUCAUUCCCUCUAAACAAUCUUCAGGUCAGCACAUCAUUCUUUCCGUUUGAAAACUAAAUUUUACGACUCACCGACUCUACUUAUGUGAUGUACUUAAAUGUAACAAAUAAUUCAUUUACCUUACCCUCUCCCAAAUGCAACGUAAAGGCACAAAAUGUAAAUAGCAUGAAAAAACUAUAAAUUUUCACAGAAAAAGGAAGACGAAGACGAAAAUUACGUUGGGGACUGUCCAUAAAUGAUGUCCAACGAUUUUUGCUGUCAACAGAUUUAUGGGGUUCUGAGCAUUAAAACCAUUGUGUGUCUGUGUGUGUGUGUCGAAUGAAGAAUACAUUUUGACUGUGUCUCGUUUAGGGACGAAGGCGUUUGAAGUCAAUGUCCGGAAGUAAUGGACGUGUUGAUUAUUUUCCAUGAAUUCAAUGGAAAAAAGACGUAAAGAAAUUCGUUGAUACCGUCUUUAAAACCAGUCCUCACACCAGUUUCAUUUGUAAACAAAUUCCAUUAUUUCCCAUUCUACGCUUCAAUGUGAUUCGAAAGAGGGUAUAGAUUCUGAAAAAUGAUUGAACUUUAAUACAAAUGUAUUAACAUGAGCCACUAUACCAUGGCUGUUUUCUUACAGUAUUCUCCUUGGGAACCGUUUUUUUUUAGAUAAUCUAGACAAAUAAUGCCUCUUGGUAUCGAUCAAUUGGGAAUAGGAGUCGCUACAACUAACAUUUUCUACUCAUUGAUUUUCAAAUCAGUAGACACUAGAAGACAGUUUAGGCUAGUCAGCAGUUAUCGGCAGCAUAAUGGAUAUUAUUAUCUUAAAGUAACGGAUGACGUGUCACGGAUCUACUUCUAUUGUUUAAACUAUUUCUCGCUGUGUUUGAUUGUUAAAUCUUUUACUUCAUUUGUUUGAAGACAUAUUGGCUUAUAUGAAAACAUUGGAAAGUGUCGUUUAUUUUCAUUGUCGCUGUCGUUAACAUAUGAUUAGAAGGUUUUACAAUUUCUGCCUUUUGUUGUUUAUUAUGACAGAAAAACAAUUGAUCGAAUCAUCCACAAAGCAGGUCUGCAGCCUGAUUUAAACUCUGAUUUUUUAUUCAUUUUUACGACCUGUGUUCUGAUUAAACAAGGGAAAAUAUUCUGUGGGUCACAAUUUUUUCUCGUUGUUUCCCGCUUUACUUUGAAAGCAAUUGGCCAAGGAUCUGGUCAAGGUUCUGAAAGAACACGUUAAGACGCUCACCUUUUUUUUGUAAGUUUAAAUCGUCAUAUAAAGCUUCUCCAAUCUAGGUGGCGGCACAGAAAAUUUUUGAUUCCUCUGCCUUCGUGAUCAACUCAAAAGAAAAGUGUCCUAACCUUUUUUUCUGGAACCUUCUGAACCUGGUUACCUGACAAGAAUGAAUUUUCGAGACUUUUGAAGAAAUCCUUGAAAAUUCUUUAAAAUUCCUGAUACUCUUGAAAAUUCCUGAAAAUAGGCCCUGCGUGGAGCUCUGUUGAGUUUUUAUGUGUUAUUUGUCAUGUCCAUAUGAACAUUAUACAAUCACAAUAUAAACCACCAGGUAUGGUCUAAUAUCAUCGUGGAAGACAUAACGACUUUAAAAACGGUUUCAAACGCACUCAUUUUCAUACUAUUUUGACAUAAUGAAUGCGUUCAAGAUAAGUUGACCGAUUUUGAAGAAUCGUCCAUACCUGGUAUGUACAGUCAUUCUACAAUCAUGCGUCGAUCAAUACAAUUGAAACUCGGUUCUUUGUUUCGCCAUUCCCCGUUCAGUCCCAAGAAUUGUUUAAAGAGCAAAAUAGAAAUAGACAGAUUCUUCCUUAAAACGAAACUAACAUAAAAAUUAUAUAAAAAUGCCAGAAAAAAAAAACAUGUAUAAAAAAACUGAGAACAUUGUAAAACAAACACCACAACUUAAUAAUAAAAUAAAAGAAACAAAAAAAAUAUUGAAAAUAAUAUUAAUCCAAAUAAAAUCAAAAGAAAAAUAAAUACAAGUAAAAAUGCAAGAAGGAAAUAAUAAAUAAAUAAAAACCUGUAAAUAGAAUCAAAAUAAAAUGGGAAGAAAUUCGACUUAACAGAUUUUUCGUUUAUAUCGGGUGUCACUGUAAACAGUUAAUCAUUUUUUAUUACAGUGACACAUUCUUGUGCAGAUUAUAAUUAAACGACAACAAAAUAAAUGAUAUUCUAGAGCCACAUUAGCAGUCCGUUUUCUUAUUUAAAUGGAAAAUAAAUGUUUCCCCUCCUUUGUUUUCUUUUAUUUAAAUAAUUGUUUUUCUAGAUGCAGAAUUGUUAAAACCCUAUCCCCAGCCGAAACCAAAUUCCCCAAAGUGUAAUAAAUUCCUUGAUCAAUUUAAAAAAACAAACAAAACUUUAAAGAAAAGAAAAAAUGAAAUUCUUAGACCGCUAGUGUUAUCCUCAUCAUAGACCAUAUUUGCAGAUUUUCUACCAAAA